AUGCCUCACGCUCGCAAUAGGAACCCUAGCCCCAUCCCCGAGGUAACAUGGGACACGGGACUGAAGGAGAUGAACGAAACCUGGAAGGGAGCUAUAGCCUGUCUCGGGGUGGCCGUCUUCUUUGUCAUGACCAUCGGGAUCAUAUACUGGCAAGUGGUGGACCAGCCUAACAAGAACUGGAUCCUUAAGGGGACUUUUAGCGGACUGAUCUGGGAGAGGAGAACCCACUCCCUCGUCAUACAGACCCUGACGGAGGACAAGACAUACGUGGAGAUAGAGGUCGGGAAUGUGGGGAACCCUGACCCAGAGGUCCCUUUUGUCAGGAACCUGUGCUGGCUCAAUAAAACCGAGUUUUGUUAUACUUGGGAGUCAGUGGCGGAGGUGAAGAUCUCCCUGGAUGUCAACGAGGAGACGGAGACGGAGUGCUACAGCAUGACCUGGACGCCGGUGCAUUGCCAUGUGGAGCUGAAGGACUGCUUCUCCAUGGCCAAUUUGUCAUGGUAUGGCGGCGCCAGCGUGCACGGCCAGAGCUGGCCAAUCAACGAUCAGAACGCCACCACGCAGCCCUUCGUGGUCAGUGACCUGAGAGACAACCCCUUUGGCUUCGGCUCUGCUCUCGAGCGCUACUUCCUGGGCUCCACAGGUGUUGCCGUGCUGGUAUCCCCAGAUAUUCCCCUGCAGUUGGGGGUGGAGAGCAGACAACAAUUCUGCUUGCAGUCCCUCCCCAGUAUGGAGCUCCUCCCGUUGCAGUACAUGGUGUGUGUGGCCCGCAACGUCAAAGCCGCCCACCAGGAAGCAGUGCAACAGCUCUCUCAGCACAGCCGAGAACUACCUAACCUAAAAACACUAUGGCUACCUUUCUGGAAGCUUUUGGCCAGCGUGGACUCUGGGCCGAAGGUGGAGAGGGAGCUAAGGACCUUCUCCAACCGUCUGAAAAGACACCAGCUGGGAGAGGGGGUCAUCAGUCUCAAUGAACAUUCCACCACCCUCCUCUCUGACAUGGACCAUGAAUACCUCAGCGGCAGGAAAAGAGGGAUGUCUAAGAGACAGACCAGGGACCUCCCGCUUGUCAAGCUUCUUAACAUUUCCAUCACCCUGUCCCCUUUCUUGAGUGUGGAAACCACGCAGUUCCACACCUCCCUCACAGACGGCACUGAGGCCUACUGGCUCAGUCUCCCUGCAGCCCCUCAGGGACACCUGAUCCCUGUGCUGAGUCAGUGGCGGGGGAGGUUCUGUGUGAAGCUCAACAUCACCAACCCAGGAGCGGUGGGCUGGUUCCUGGACCGAGUGGGCUCCUUACAGGCCCACCUGGGCAUGGAGUACAUCCUGCUGGAGGGAGGCGAAGGGAACCUGUUUGAGGAGCAGGCCCUUCGGCCGCCACAGGCUCUGAACGGAGACCAGUACAUCAGCCUGCUAGCAGACCUGGCAACCAGGAUAGGAGACUCAGUCAUCAUGACUGCAGGGACAAGGUCGAGCCACAAGCCUCUGUUUGUGAGAAUGACCCCCCUGCAGUCUGACUGGAGUCCUAUGGGCCUGAAGGGCAUCAUUCCCUCCCUGCUGCACCACACUCUACUGGGAUACAACUUCCUCAUUCCCGAUGCAGUAGGUGGCUCUCUAUCUGGAGACCUGGUGACAGAUGAAGAACUGUUCAUCCGUUGGCUGGAGAUUGCAGCCUUUCUACCUGUCAUAAGCUUCCACACACCACCCUGGGUCUGCGGAGAGGAUCGGGUGCUAAACCUGACACGGGCAUACAUAGCCAGACACCAGGACUUUGUGGUUCCCCUGAUUGAGAAGUAUGCGGAGGAGUGGCAGAUGAUGGGAUACCCCAUCUACAGACCAAUGUGGUGGCUCAGUCCCAGUGACCCUAUGACCUUCACCAUCGAUGACCAGUUCCUCAUCGGGGACGAGGUGCUGGUUGCACCGGUGGUAGAGAAGGGGGCAAUGCGUAGGGAUAUCUAUCUACCUGACGGGGGCUUCCAGUGGCAGGACAGCCGGAACGCCCAGGUGUUUGACGGGGGAACGCUCCUGGAGGACUACCCCGUGGCCUUGGAGGAGGUGGCAAUUUUUCUACGGAGGAGCUGA